AUGUCUAUUCCAACUACUCAAAAAGCUGUUAUCUUUGAAACCAACGGUGGUAAAUUAGAAUACAAAGAUAUUCCAGUUCCAAAGCCAAAACCAAAUGAAUUGUUAAUCAAUGUUAAAUACUCUGGUGUUUGUCACACUGAUUUACACGCCUGGAAAGGUGAUUGGCCAUUGGACACCAAAUUACCAUUGGUUGGUGGUCAUGAAGGUGCUGGUGUUGUUGUUGCCAUGGGUGACAAUGUUAAAGGUUGGAAAGUUGGUGAUUUUGCUGGUAUUAAAUGGUUGAAUGGUUCUUGUAUGAAUUGUGAAUAUUGUCAACAAGGUGCUGAACCAAAUUGUGCUGAAGCUGAUUUGUCUGGUUACACCCAUGAUGGUUCUUUCCAACAAUAUGCUACUGCUGAUGCUGUUCAAGCUGCUAGAAUUCCAGCUGGUACUGAUUUAGCUAAUGUUGCUCCAAUUUUAUGUGCUGGUGUCACUGUUUAUAAAGCUUUGAAAACCGCUGAUUUACAACCAGGUCAAUGGGUUGCUAUUUCUGGUGCCGCUGGUGGUUUGGGUUCUUUGGCUGUUCAAUACGCUAAAGCCAUGGGUUACAGAGUUGUUGCCAUUGAUGGUGGUGAUGAUAAAGGUGAAUUUGUUAAAUCUUUGGGUGCUGAAGUUUUCAUUGAUUUCCUUAAAGAUAAAGAUAUUGUUGCUGCUGUUAAAAAGGCUACUGAUGGUGGUCCACAUGGUGCUAUCAAUGUUUCUAUCUCUGAAAAAGCCAUUAAUCAAUCUGUUGAUUACGUUAGAACUUUAGGUAAAGUUGUUUUGGUCGGGUUACCAGCUGGAUCUAAAGUUUCUGCUCCAGUCUUUGAUUCUGUUGUUAAAUCUAUCCAAAUCAAAGGUUCUUAUGUCGGUAACAGAAAAGAUACCGCUGAAGCUGUUGAUUUCUUCUCAAGAGGUUUGAUCAAAUGUCCAAUCAAGAUUGUUGGUUUGAGUGAAUUACCAGAAGUCUACAAAUUGAUGGAAGAAGGUAAGAUCUUGGGUAGAUACGUCUUGGACAAUUCUAAAUAA